UAAUAGUAGAUAUUAUUUACAAGAUGCCUACAAAACUGGAAUAAAAAAACAAAACUACUAGCUUCAUAUUUAGUGAAGCCGGUACCCAUACUUUUAUUCUGAAAACGGUACCGGAAACGGAGCUAUUCUUAAAUCUGCACCUCGCCUGUUAGUUUCUUUGCGCGGAAUUCCUGAAGAUUGUUGAAUCCUUUGUGAGAAUUGUUUGCACGACGUGUGAGGAAUUCCCAGCCGAACCACCCCGAAAGCAGACAACUGUGCUUGUAAAGGCAGACUUAGCAACAGGGAAUUGCCACAUUUUGGGCCACGGCAUCGCUCCUUUGGUGGGUAAAAGUUAGUCAUAAGUCUCAGAUGUGAGCGAAGGAGGAGGAAGAUGACGAGGAGGAGCUGAGCUAUGUGGCAAAAGUCUUUGGGAACACUGACGUAUCUAACAAAAAGUGACUAGAUGGAGGGCGAAAAAGAGAGACAGAGGCAGCAGGGUGAGGAGAAGGAGAGCAACGAGGCCGACGACGGCAUUAUGAGCGGCGAUGACGAUGUCGGUGAAAACGACGAUGAGGAUUCAGAGGGUGCGGCGCUGGUCUGGCAGGAAGGCUACAGUGAGGACAACCUGGGCCUUCCCAUCAUGCACUGGGAGGCACUCAGUUUGCGUAUCGCCGAGUUGGAGAAGCAAGAGGAGGAGAAGAAGGAGAAGAUGGCAAAGAGUCAAGUGUCUCUGGAGCGAAGCCGAGCACCGGUUAGCUGGACAGGAGAGCGAGGAAGGCGAAGAGAAAGCUGCGACGACGAUGACGACGAGGCCUGCAACAGUCACAUGACGGCCCUCAGCUCGCGGCUGCAGACGCAGAUGAACCUGCAGCUGUGCUUCAUCAAUGACAGUGAAAGUGAGGAAGAAGACGCGGAGAAGGAAGAUGACGUCCGCAAGAAGAGAGGAUCCAUUCCUGUUCAUAAGAGCCCUCAGCCUACAGCCAAGCCGGAGAAAACAAAAUCCAGAGGUUUCCGGAACACUUGGAAGAAGCUGCGAGACAGACUGCGAGCAGACCACAAGCCACUGACGCCAGCCGCCAACGAUAGCGUCGUCCAGCGGAGGCACUUGGAGCGCAGUGAUUUGCAGAACUACACCAUGAAGGAGCUCACUGCUCUUUGUUCCUCCCUCAGACAAACUAUACAAGACCUAAGUACCGAACUGGUGGGCCGCCUUCAGAUGCGGGACCAGCUGAGGACGGAGCAGGACGCCAUGUUGCUGGAGGUUCAAGACCUGACCUCGCUGGGAACGCUGCUGAGCAAUCCCAGCUGAUGGUGACACCUUGAGAACAUUGUGAGUGUGCUGAGCAAGUGGGCAAACAUCCCGGUGGUAGCUGACUGUGGUCCACCCUUUGAUACACCUGGACCCUUUUUUUUUUUUUUUUGCACACCUUUUUUUUUUUUAAAAACAUUUUUAUUUUAUUUUUAUUUUUUUCUCCAUUGAAGAUACAACAACACCAGUUGUGCUAAGGAGAACUUUUGCCUUUUUACGUAGACACAGACACAUCACCAGGAGGAAGUAAGGGGUCUUAUUAGCAGACAAAAGGGAUUGUAUGAAAGUCAUUUUAAAAUGUUUUUACAUAUAAAAGGGAAGAUGUUUUAACAUUUUUAUAACAUAGAACUAUGCUGACCUCAUGCCCACUCAUACUUAAUGUUAAGAUGACUAUUUCAUCUUUUCAGGUGUUUUCCUGUAUUAGAAAAGUGACGACCACUUUAUUUCCGUUGUGCUGUGGAAAACACUUCUUUAACCUGUGUUAUGUAUAGUGUUGUUAUUGGUGACUGAAUGUUAACAAAUCACUUCAUGAUAAACACAUUUAAUAUAGUCAUAUUCUUUAAACUGCAUUAUGGGCACUUUCUCUGUACAUUACAUAUAUACAGUUAUUUUCUAUAGUGCUUGUCCAAAUUAAUGUCGCAGGUGAGCUUGAUCAGCUGAACUAGGAUAAAAGGCGGACUACAACCUUGACUGGUCGCCAGUCAAUCACAGAACACACACAUCACACAACACAUUAGUGUUGCCAGAUGAGAACUGGAAAAUUAUCAUACCUGAAGCUUGAAAUAAUCGUAUUUUGAGGAAAAUUAUUGUACAAUGACGUUGUUCAGGACCGUUUGCUACAGCAAAACAUUACUGUCUACCCUUAGCUCAUCAUGCAGUUCUACCUUUAAAUAAACUAACGGCACUGGAGCACAAAAGCUGA